UAAAUAUAUUAAAGAAACAUCUGACUCCAUCACUUCCUCUUGGUAUUGCAUUGUGCACUAUCAUGUAACAUAAAUGGGUAUAAAGUGUUAGAUGUAUUGAAACUAGGUUAAGGUUCAUAAAUUGUGUUUGGUUGUAGGUGUUGAUCUUGGUGGGUGUCUGUGUAGUUUGCAGUUUGGUCGUGGUUGUUUGUCCAGUGGAUAUCCCAUCACCCAUCUGCGUGACCACCGUGACUGAGACUGCAUGCUCUGGUGCUGAAAGGAACAGAUAACCACAAUGGGGAUAAGUUUAUUUGUACACAAAAAGACUGAAAGAAACAGACCACCCAGUUAGACAGCGACUACUAACAGUCUCUUUUUCUCACAUACUUGCAGGCUUUCCCAAAAUGCUUAAAAGGAGUACUUCCUAAAGAUUUUCCUCUUUGCCGUCAACGAUUUAUAGCAUUCCAGCACUUGUGUGUCUCUUAAAUUACAGGUCCCUGGUUUCCUGGUGACGAUGGAUUCAGAGCCUGAGGAAGAUGCUCUGUGUGAUUUAUAACUGUUCCAGCGUAUUGUUUUUAGGCCCAAUCCGAGUCAUUUAGUGUCAUUGGUGGAAUAAUUGCACGUUCAGUGUCUUCAAAGCUUUGUUUUGGGGCGUAAUUAAAUAUUUCAUAGUGACAUCUCUUUGGUGUUUCACCUUGCUGUCUUUGAAUCCAUAAAAUAAUGUGUGCAUUUAUGAUAUUGUCACUGUUCAUUUUAGCCUCCCUUUUCACUUUAUUAUGAUUCAAGACUUUUGGCACAUAAAGCUCAUUGGGAUCCGUGGUAGUUCCCCCCACAUGACUUAAUAAUAUUUUUUUAUAUAUAAUAAAUUGCUCCCUGGAGACACAUAAUGUUUAUUGAAUUGUUUGGUGCUAUGAUGCAUUGCACAUGUUAAGUAGAAAUGAAAUAAUAAAAAUCCCUAAAUGCCCCAGGUCCUUUUUGAAUGCCUGUCAUCUACUAAUACGAAACAUGUAUCCUCCAUUUUGUCAGUGUGAUAACUAAUCAGAUGUCGUGGCCUUUGCCCCCUCUCGCCGCAGUGUCCGCGCUCGGACCACCAGACCUGGCUCAGGAGAUGUGGCAGCAGUUGUUUUUCAAAGGGAUCAGAUGUCAACUAGCAGAUCAUAUAUCAGGCCCACCUCGCUGGCUCUGGGUAGCUUCCAGCCCGGUUUUCUAUGCCUGCUCAAGAUGAGGUUCAAGAUGUGCCAAACUGAAUCAAACACAAUGAAGAUUAAACAGGGGAAAGCUGUGGGACAGAAAGCGCCACUGUGGAUUCGGGCGACGUUCCAGGCUUUUCUCUUUUCUCUGGGCUGUCACAUCCAGCGACACUGUGGAAAAGUCCUUUUCAUUGGACUUCUUGUGUUCGGAGCCCUGUCUGUUGGUUUGCGGGUCGCUGCCAUUGAAACGGACAUUGAGAAACUAUGGGUGGAAGCUGGCAGUCGGGUGAGCAAGGAGCUACGUUACACAAAAGAGAAGCAGGGAGAGGAGUCAGUGUUCACCUCACAAAUGCUCAUACAGAUACCCAAACAGGAAGGGACCAAUAUUCUUACACAAGAGGCUUUGCUGCUUCACCUGGAAGCUGCUCUGUCGGCCAGCAAAGUUCAAGUAUCUCUUUAUGGAAAAUCUUGGGAUCUUAAUAAAAUUUGCUUCAAAUCCGGAGUCCCAAUUAUAGAAAAUGUCAUGAUUGAGAGGAUGAUUGACAAGCUUUUCCCCUGUAUGAUCGUGACUCCUUUGGACUGCUUUUGGGAAGGCUCCAAGCUGCAGGGAGGCUCUGCCUAUUUACCGGGCAUGCCAGACAUUCAGUGGAUGAAUCUGGACCCCCUCAAGCUAAUGGAGGAGUUGAGCCAGUUUACAUCUCUAGAGAGCUUCCGAGAGAUGCUAGAUAAGGCUCAGGUGGGCCAUGCCUAUAUGAACCGGCCAUGCUUGGAUCCCAACGACACAGAUUGCCCUCAUAGUGCCCCUAAUAAGGACCCACGGCAGGUGCCUGACAUUGCUGCUGAACUUCAGAGUGGUUGCCAUGGUUUCUCCAAGAAGUUCAUGCACUGGCAGGAGGAGUUGAUCCUGGGUGAAAGAGUAAAGGACUCCCAGAAUGCCUUGCAGAGUGCGGAGGCCCUUCAGACCAUGUUUCUCCUCAUGAGUCCCAAACAGCUCUAUGAGCACUUUAAAGAUGACUAUGAGAUCCAUGACAUCAACUGGAAUGAGGACAAGGCAACUGCCAUCCUGGAGUCCUGGCAGAGGAAGUUCGUUGAGGCUGUCCAUGGGAGCAUUCCUCAGAACUCUUCCUCCAAUGUUUACGCCUUCUCUACCACCACUCUUAAUGACAUCAUGAAGUCUUUCUCUGAUGUUAGUGUAAUCAGGGUGGCAGGUGGUUAUCUGCUCAUGCUGGCAUACGCAUGCGUGACCAUGCUGCGGUGGGACUGUGCUAAGUCUCAGGGUGCUGUAGGGCUGGCAGGAGUGCUUCUAGUUGCUCUAUCUGUGGCUGCAGGACUUGGACUGUGCUCACUGCUGGGGCUGUCCUUUAAUGCUGCCACCACGCAGGUGCUGCCAUUCCUGGCCUUGGGCAUUGGAGUUGAUGACAUGUUUUUGCUGGCUCAUUCCUUCACUGAGACCAGAUCCAACAUCCCGUUCAAGGAGAGGACAGGUGACUGCCUAAGAAGAACCGGCACCAGUGUGGCUCUCACCUCCAUCAAUAACAUGAUUGCUUUUUUCAUGGCUGCCCUAGUGCCUAUUCCUGCUCUCCGGGCCUUCUCACUUCAGGCGGCUAUUGUGGUGGUCUUUAACUUUGCCAUGGUUUUGCUGAUCUUCCCUGCCAUUCUGAGCUUGGACCUGCACAGGCGUGAGGACAAAAGACUGGACAUCCUGUGCUGUUUCUACAGUCCCUGUUCGUCUCGUGUGAUCCAGAUCCAGCCUCAGGAGUUCUCAGAUGCUAACGACAACCACCAGCAUGCUCCUUCCACCCCCACCUAUACUGGCUCCACUAUAACCACCAGCACCCACAUCACCACCACUGUGCAGGCAUUCACCCAGUGUGAUGCAGCUGGUCAGCAUAUUGUAACCAUUCUGCCACCCACUUCCCAGAUAUCCACCAGUCCUCCAUCCAUGGUCCUAUCCACACCCACUCCCACCACUGACCCUUAUAGUUCCCAGCUGUUCACCACCUCCAGUUCCACCCGAGACCUUCUAGCCCAGGUGGAGGAGCCCAAAGAAGACCGUGAGUGUGUGCCUCUGCCCUUCUUUCGCUGGAAUUUGUCAAGCUUUGCACGGGAAAAGUAUGCCCCUCUGUUGCUGAAGCCCGAAACUAAGACUGUGGUGGUCGUCGUUUUCGUGGCUCUUCUGAGCCUCAGCCUCUAUGGUACUACAAUGGUUCAUGAUGGACUCUACUUGACUGAUAUUGUCCCCAGAGACACAAAGGAGUAUGACUUUAUCACUGCCCAGUUUAAAUACUUUUCCUUCUAUAACAUGUACCUGGUUACCAUGGAUGGCUUUGACUAUGCCCGUUCUCAAAGACAGCUUCUACAGCUUCACAAUGCCUUCAACUCCGUAAAAUAUGUCGUUAAGGACAGCAAUCACAAGCUUCCCAGAAUGUGGCUACACUACUUCCAGGAUUGGCUCAAAGGUCUGCAGGCUACAUUUGAUGCUGACUGGGAAGCUGGCAGAAUCACCUAUGACAGCUAUCGCAAUGGCACAGAGGAUGGAGCACUGGCAUACAAGCUUCUCAUACAAACUGGCUCUAAAAAAGACCCUUUCAACUACAGCCAGCUCACAUCUCGUCGCCUGGUGGAUGAGGAUGGUCUGAUUCCACCAGAGGUUUUUUACAUCUACCUGACAGUAUGGGUCAGUAAUGAUCCGCUAGGCUAUGCUGCCUCCCAAGCCAACUUUUACCCCCAUCCUCGGGAGUGGAUCCAUGAUAAGUACGACACCACUGGGGAGAACCUUCGCAUCCCUGCAGCAGAGCCUCUAGAGUUCGCUCAGUUUCCUUUCUACCUGAACGGCCUCAGACAAGCCUCAGACUUCAUUGAAGCUAUUGAGAGUGUGCGCACAAUCUGCGAGGAAUUUAUGCGUCAGGGAAUACAGAACUAUCCCAAUGGCUACCCCUUUUUGUUUUGGGAACAGUACAUUGGUCUGCGCCACUGGUUCUUGCUGUCCAUCAGCUUAGUGCUUGCCUGCACCUUCCUGGUGUGCGCCAUCCUCCUGCUUAACCCCUGGACUGCAGGCGUCAUUGUUUUUAUUUUGGCCAUGAUGACAGUGGAACUUUUUGGCAUCAUGGGCCUAAUUGGUAUCAAACUGAGUGCCAUUCCUGUUGUCAUCCUUAUAGCCUCCGUUGGUAUUGGGGUGGAGUUUACUGUGCACAUCGCACUGGGUUUCCUGACUGCCAUUGGGGAUAGGAACACUCGUUCAGCCGUGGCUAUGGAGCAUAUGUUCGCUCCUGUGAUUGACGGUGCCAUCUCUACUUUGUUGGGAGUGCUCAUGCUUGCCGGAUCUGAGUUUGACUUUAUCAUGAGAUACUUCUUUGCAGUAUUGGCCAUACUGACAUUGUUGGGGGUCCUGAAUGGUUUGGUGCUACUUCCGGUACUGCUUUCGCUCAUGGGCCCCCCGGCUGAGGUCAUACCCGCUAACAAUGCCAGUCAUUUGCAAAGUCCCUCACCUGAGCCCAUGCCUCCUCCUAUGAACCACCAUGGGUAUUACGCUGGGCAUAUCCCCAAGGGACCACGUCAGGCAUUUUCUGAGAAUUCUGAUUCCGAAUACUAUUCCGAAACUACAACCACCUCUGGCAUCGGCGAGGAGGAGUACAAGUACUGUGACAAGAGCGCAUACAUCACGUCUCCAGCUCAACCUCCAACCUCUCAUAUACUGCUUGAAUCCAGCAAGAACCCCAGCUUCCCUAAGCUCACAGUGGUAAAACCUUUUAAUGAAAACAACUCUAAGGGACAGAACAUCGAGUUCAAGGAGAACGCGGUCAACUCGGUCAGUUCACAGAUCACACGGUGGGACAACAAACACGAGUUCCAAGGGCAGAGUCGACAACAUUUACCUAGCGACAGGACUCACUGUCCUCGAAGGACUACUCAGUGUGGCCUAGGGCCACAACCAGGGAGAGGGCAGCAACAAAACAGGACUACAGCCCCAGCACACAGCCCUGGGGCAUUGCAGCAUCCUAACAAUGCAAUCACCAUGGUUACAGCAACAGCCUCUGUGACAGUGGCAGUGCACCCCAGUUUGCCAGGGUCAUACCAGGGUUACAUGCAUGAAGAGUUUGAGGAUAAUGAGUCCGACUCUUUUGACAACUCUAAGAGGAUUUCUCAAACGUAUGGGAAAUCUACACAUUAUAAGAGGGACUCUUUGGAACUUCAAGAUCUAGAAUCCACAGAGAAAAACCAGCAUCAAGCUGACCAGGCGCUAGGUGGUGCAUGGAUCCAAGCAGCCAAAGAUUGCUAGACUGCUCCCAACCCCUACAUCCCUUUGUCUGGAAUCUCUGGCUGUUUAGGGAAGUUCCCAGCCCUAGCCCGGUGUCUUUUAUCUCUUUGAACUGUACAUAGACCUCACACAGACAAGAUAAUUUAUCUUUAAAUUAUUAAAAAGGUCUUCUUAGAAAUGUAUAACUAUAUAUAUAUAUAUAUAUAUAUAUAUAUAUAUAUAUAUAUAUAUAUAUAUAUAUAUAUAUAUAUAUAUAUAUAUAUAUAUAUAAACACUAAAGAGUUACAUGUGUAUUCUCUUGUGUAAAUGUAAGAUGUAUAAGAGGAUUUGGAGGCCUUAUUACCUCCAUUGUAUAGAUUAUCAAAUAUGCUAUAUGUAAAAAUAAGUGAAAUGAUAUUAGGUUAUUGAAAAGCAAGGUCAGUGUUCCUUUUUUUUUUUUUGCUGCUACACUUCAAAUUUAAGAUUAUGUGUCUUGAAAAUAUGCAGUACCCCUUUCCCCAACAUAAGCCAAGGUUUAACUUUAUAUUAACAAGUUGUAAAACUUCAGCCAAUAGGAAGCUUAUCUGUAUUGUUCAAAGAUGUUAACUUAUCUUUGAUUGCACUGUACAAAACCAAGACCUAUAUAGAUAACAGUUUUACUCAGUUAAAAUGUCCUAAUCCCCCCCCCCCUUAUUUAUUUUACUUUAUACUGACAACCAUUGUGCCUUCUUAACUUUUAAUCAUACAAAAUUAAUUUGUUAAACUGUUCAGUAAUACAUUGUCACUGAUAUGGACUAUUAGUGUAAUAUUAUCAUCUGUUUUAUGACUUCUCAUGGUUUUAUACAUACUUGUCUGAAAUGGUCUGUUUGCAAUUUUUCAGUGAAUAGCAGAAAUAUGGGUCUAGUGUUUCCUGUUCCAUUGAUCCAUUAUAUACUCAUUUGCAGUCUACAUUUAUAUACUUGAAAUGGUGGUUAAAUGACACUUUCCCCCCUUUCCUCUGUGGUUAUUUUAGCCAUACAUGAGUAGGCUUCGGUUUGUGUAUACCCCAGAUAACGUUUGGGAGACAUCAGGCUAACAUGUUGUUUACCCAAAUAUCAAUUAUCAUUCACAAAGGGAAUUUUGUAUGAGUGCAAAAGGAUAUUUUUGUUUGCUUGUUUGUUUUCAUUUCAUUUUUUUAUUAUUUAUUUAUUAUUAUUGUUAUUAUUUGUCAUCUUGUUGGCUGCUUUGCAAGUAGCAAAAAGCCCUACGCAAUUGUUUACCUGGUAGUUGUCCUCUGGGCUUCUCCUACAAGGCCAGUGUAGGGACAGAUAAACAGCGCUGGUGCUAGUCUUCCUAGUAUUCUGUCUGCAAUUCAGUUCUCUUUCUUAGGUCUAAUUUCAGAUAAAAGCUCACUCAUUCAGUAUUGGUCAUGUCACUGCCAGAUUAAAUGCAGGGAAAAAGUGUUCAUGUAAGUGGCAGCUUCUCUCACUCUCCUUCUCUCUCUCUCUCUUUAUUUAACAAAAUGCAUUUUAACAGAAACAAACCAAGUAGCUACUGUAUCUGGAAAACAAAUCAACAUGAAAUAAGCAAUUUAAAGCACAUGUACAGCUUAAGGACAGAAGUGGCUUGGGCAGACAAGAGACAAGGGUAGGGGAUGGGGAAUGGGGGUCCUGCAUAGGGGUUUCGUUUCAAAUGUAUGUCAUGCCAUAUAAAUUAUUUAUAUAAGAUGUUUAUUUUUGUAGUUUGUACAGAUGUUAGUCACUAGACUGAAGUUAUAUUUUUAAAGAGUAAAUAUAUUAUAAAUAUAAAUAUAUAAUUAUAUCUAUUUGUUUCUGAGAUUUUUGUUUGUUUGUUUUGGGGUGGGGUGGGGUGGGGGGGUGUUGGGUGGAGUGGGCUUUGAAAUCUUCAUAUUGCUGUUGGAAAUAAUGAAGGAAAGGGGUGGCUAGGAUUGUCCACCUUGUUUAGACUCUUUGCCUUUCCUUCUUCAUGUAAAGAUUUGAAGCGUUUCUGUUUUUGUUGUUGUCUAAAACACUGAUUUCAGAAAACUUUGAGGAAAAAAAAGAAAAGAGAAACCCUUUGUGACCAUCAUUUCCUUCGCCCUUUAUAGGAAAUUAAACUAACAAAAUAAAAGUAAAAAAAAAAAAAA